AACGAUGAAAAUCAAUCAAUAUUCUCAAAUACUACAAAACACGAAAAUGAAUGUACAACGGGACAUUGCGACACAACCCAAACGGCGACCACGAAGGGUCAACCGCUGGGAUCCCAUUGCUGAGCUCCCAUCUAAAAGCACGGAUGCGCCGCACCCAAGUCCCAUCGUUCACAACCACGAAUGGUCUUCUGAUUCUCCAGCCUAAUAUGACGGUCUCAAGGUCCUCGAUCCACUCCAGUCCUGCAAGCAGGCGGGCGAGUCAUCGUCGAGAUGCUUUGAUAGGCUAUGCAGAAACGAUGAGUACAAUGAACGAUCAAAACAUUAACAACGAACUGACCUGUGGAUUUUUGCGUUAA